UCUAAGCACUUCCGCCUUUCCUUUCGUCCAAUCCGCUGAGUCGUUUCCCGUCGUGACUCCGGAAGGAUUUGUCCGACCGUCGGAUAUGACGUAGAGACCAAGGCGCGCCGGAGGCCACGGAGAAAGCGCCGAGAAGGCGGGCCCCGCCUGAGGUCUGGCAAUCAGUGACAGAGUCGGGUGCCCACUGCCCAAGCGUCACCAACAGCAUCAUGCCCGCACUUCUGGAGCGCCCCAAGCUUUCCAACGCCAUGGCCAGGGCUCUGCACCGGCACAUCAUGAUGGAGCGGGAGCGCAAACGGCAGGAGGAGGAAGAGGUGGACAAGAUGAUGGAACAGAAGAUGAAAGAAGAACAGGAGAGAAGAAAGAAAAAGGAAAUGGAAGAGAGAAUGUCACUAGAAGAGACCAAGGAACAAAUUCUGAAACUGCAGCAGAAGCUUUCAGCUCUACAGGAAGAGAAACACCAGCUUUUCUUGCAGCUCAAGAAAGUUUUGCAUGAGGAAGAAAAACGGAGGCGAAAGGAACAGAGUGACUUAACCACUCUGACAUCAGCUGCAUACCAGCAGAGCCUGACGGUUCAUACAGGAACUCACCUCCUCAGCAUGCAGGGGAGUCCUGGAGGACACAACCGCCCAGGUACUCUGAUGGCAGCUGACAGAGCCAAGCAGAUGUUUGGACCACAAGUGCUUACGACCCGGCACUACGUGGGAUCAGCAGCUGCUUUUGCAGGAACCCCAGAACAUGGACAAUUCCAAGGCAGUCCAGGGGGCGCUUAUGGGACUGCCCAGCCCCCACCUCAUUAUGGGCCAACACAACCAGCCUAUAGUCCUAGCCAGCAGCUGAGAGCUCCGUCAGCAUUUCCUGCGGUGCAGUACCUAUCUCAGCCACAGCCACAACCCUAUGCAGUGCAUGGCCACUUUCAGCCCACUCAGACAGGGUUCCUCCAGCCCGGUAGUGCCCUCUCUUUGCAAAAACAGAUGGAGCAUGCCAACCAGCAGACUAGCUUCUCUGACUCAUCUUCUCUGCGGCCCAUGCAUCCCCAAGCUCUGCAUCCAGCCCCUGGACUCCUGGCUUCCCCUCAGCUCCCUGUACAGAUACAAGCAGCCGGGAAGGCUUUGCCACCACCAGCCAACCGGGCCCUCGACUCCCUUUCAUCCAACACAGCCAGAACCCACGAUUCUAUCACAAGUAACCACCAGAUAACUCCAACCCACCCUCCAUCCCUCAGGGUGGGUUCUUAUGUGUCCCAAACGAAUAAAAUGUACAAAAUCUACCUACCAUCAUGCCAGAGUACUGUUUAUUUGCUUCCUAAACCACAAAAGGCUGUCUCUUAUAAAGCAUCUUUCAGUCAACAAAAACAACUGAGUUGGGGGCUUCAUAUUAAACUUGUAGUUUUAUUCAGGUUUGAUUUUUAACAAAUGUGUCAGGGAGAAAGCCCACAGGAAAGGGUAAAGCCCAUGGGGGCAAGGCCUUCCCAGAUGCCUGAGGAGGGAUCGUGUCCCCUCCCCCCCCUCUUCUUGUCACCCCUAUAGAGGGGUUUGGGAAGAGACACAGGCAGGGAAGGGGGCUGGUCCCCAGUCUGUACAGUGGUGCUUGGGGGUGAAGGACUAUGGAGAACAGGGGACCAGAUGGGUUUGAGUGGGAUAAAGGACACAAGACC